AAGGCCAAGAGCCGGCUAGAUACGCCACUCACACUUGGAAAAGAGCUUGCGGGAUAGCGGUGCAAGCCAAUCGUAUCAGUUCUCUGGAGGCAGAGAGACUGGGGUGGAGACUUCGGAUACUGCGGUUGCAGCUUGCUUCAGUGGUGGAUAACAUUGAUUGAUAUUUGAAAAUUGACCUGGAUAAACCUUCUUGGUCAUAGUAGUUCUAAGAACAGAUAGAAAUUGGCUAUGGAUAAUUCAUAUGAUUUCAGUCAAGGACGCUCAUGUAAUGGAAUUCCGUCUGAGAAGAUAAACAACUUCGUUGUGUCAGAAGAUCAUGGACAGAAAAUCUUAAGUGUACUACAGAAUUUUAGAGAACAAAAUAUCUUUUAUGAUUUCAAAAUAAUCAUGAAAGAUGAAAUAAUCCCAUGUCAUCGUUGUGUGUUAGCUGCAUGCAGUGACUUUUUCAGGGCUAUGUUUGAAGUAAACAUGAAAGAAAGAGAUGGUGGAAGUGUUACCAUUACCAAUUUGUCCUCCAAAGCAGUAAAAGCAUUUCUUGAUUAUGCCUAUACUGGAAAAACAAAGAUAACAGAUGAUAAUGUGGAAAUGUUCUUUCAGUUGUCAUCAUUUCUUCAAGUUUCCUUCCUAGCCAAAGCUUGCAGUGACUUUUUAAUAAAAAGUAUUAAUAUUGUCAAUUGUUUACAGUUAUUAUCUAUAUCGGAUAGCUAUGGCUCUUCCCGUUUGUUUGACCAUGCAUUAUACUUUGUACAGCACCACUUUUCUUUGUUAUUUAAAUCCAGUGAUUUCUUAGAGAUGAACUUUGGAAUACUACAGAAAUGUCUGGAAUCAGAUGAAUUAGAUGUUCCUGAAGAAGAAACUGUACUGAAAGUCGUCCUCAAUUGGACUAAAUAUAACUUAGAAGCAAGGCAAAAGCAUCUACCUUAUUUGAUUAAAAAGGUAAGAUUACAUCAGUUACCUGAGGAGACACUUCAAGACUGUCUUCUCAGUGAAGAGUGCUUACUCAAAAGCACCAACUGUUUUGACGUAGUCAUGGAUGCAGUUAAAUGUGUGCAAGGCUCUGGUGGACUUUUUCCUGAUGCUCGACCAUCCACAACUGAAAAAUACAUAUUUGUUCACAAAACUGAGGAAAAUGGAGAAAAUCAAUAUACAUUUUGCUAUAAUAUUAAAACUGAUUCGUGGAAAAUACUGCCACAGUCACACUUGCUUGAUUUGCCCGGAUCUAGUCUGGCAAGUUACGGAGAAAAAAUAUUCUUGACAGGUGGUUGCAAAGGGCCAUGUUGUAGAACGGUUCGGCUUCAUAUUGCAGAGUCUUAUCACGAUGCCACCGACAAAACCUGGUGCUACUGUCCAGUCAAAAAUGAUUUCUUCCUGGUAUCGACUAUGAAAACACCAAGAACCAUGCAUACUUCAGUUAUGGCUCUUAAUCGAUUGUUUGUCAUAGGUGGAAAGACUACAGGAUCUCAGGAUAUUAAAAGUCUCUUAGAUGUUGAAUCUUACAACCCUCUUUCCAAAGAAUGGAUGUCUGUUAGCCCAUUACCCAGGGGCAUAUACUAUCCUGAAGCAAGUGCAUGCCAAAAUGUAAUUUAUGUUCUUGGAUCAGAGGUAGAGAUUACAGAUGCCUUUAACCCGUCACUUGAUUGCUUUUUUAGAUACAACGCUACAACUGACCAGUGGUCUGAAUUAGUAGCAGAGUUUGGGCAGUUUUUUCAUGCCACACUAAUUAAAGCUGUCCCAGUAAACUGCACACUGUAUAUAUGUGACCUUUCCACCUAUAAGGUUUAUAGUUUUUGUCCAGACACUAGUGUCUGGAAGGGUGAAGGAUCUUUUGAAUGUGCAGGCUUUAAUGCAGGUGCAGUUGGAAUUGAAGAUAAAAUUUAUAUAUUAGGUGGUGAUUAUGCACCAGAUGAAAUCACAGAUGAAGUGCAGGUCUACCACAGCAGCAGGUCUGAGUGGGAAGAAGUUUCACCAAUGCCGAAGGCCUUAACCGAAUUUUACUGCCAGGUGAUUCAAUUUAAUAAAUACAGGGACCCAUGGUUUUCUAGUCAUUUCUAAAAGUAGUUUGUGCUUAGACAUUGUAAAACUAUUCCAGUUCUAGAAACUUACAGUAAAUUUGUUAACGUUAGCAGUUGGUAAAAAGGUCUUUACAUCUUAAUAAAUUAAAAUGUACCUUCUAUUAGAGAAUUACUAUGUAAGGAUUAGCAGUUCCCAGAAGCUUAAAAUACAAAAUACAUUUUACCAAAAAGUAUACUGAAUAUAAUUUAAUCUUGGGGAAUCCAGAAUACUUGGUAUGUUCAUAUGUAAAUAAAACUCAUAGACCUUAAUGUUUUAAUUUUUAAAGUACUUUAUUCAUGAGAGACUAGUAAAAACAAAUCAAAGUUCACAGCUUUGUACUAUGUAAAUGGGAGACGUCUAUUUAAGUAGUAAAAAUGAAUUAUGUAUAUUCUAUAUUAUAUGAAGUGAAACAUAAAUUAGAAAGGUGAGAAUCCUACCUUAUUACUAUAGGUAGAAGAGUUGUUGAAUUCCUAUCCUUUCUGAUCAUGGUUAGCUUCUUUUAAAUACUUAUUUUCUUUCAUCAUUAUUUUGUAAGAAAUUUUUCUAAAAUGCUGUGUUUCCCCGGACUUCUAAACUAUAAACUAAACACAGUUUAACUUUU